CUGCUUUAGUGAACGCAAGGAAGAGAUCGUCGCUUCGGUUGCCAAAGAAAGCAGUCAUCAGUUCAUCAAUUGAUUGUGUUUUGGCUGCAAAUCAGUGUUUUGUUGAGCGAAACAAUCCGUACAUCGGAGUCACCGCUCAUACUAUCUGUGCUCACGAGUGACACUCAUUCACACCAUUCAGACGUUUGCAUUGAAUGAGAGUUUUGUGUGCUUUUCUGUAUCAAUACAAACAAAUUGUUAGCCUUUUGUGUUGUCAAACCUAUAGCUGCAGUGUUGUUGUGGUGGUGAUCAUCACCAUAUAGUUGGUGCCGCAGGUGGUGGUGGAUAUGGUGGCAAACCUCGGUCACAGGGAUGCCGAUGAGAUGGACGACUUGCCCGACGAAGACGUGGCCAAAGACUUCUACGCCAAAUACGAGCCCAAAGAAGUGCUCGGAAGAGGUGUGUCGAGUACUGUCCGCCGGUGUAUUGAGAAGGAGACGGGACGCGAGUUUGCGGCGAAGAUCAUUGAUGUCAGCGCAGACCUCGAGGACUCCCAGGGGCUGACACUCAGGGAGGCGUCCCUUCGAGAGAUCAAUAUUCUUCGGCUGGUGGCCGGACAUCCAUAUAUCAUGCUGUUUUUCUUCUGA